UUUGUCUUGAUUGUUCAAUUGAUCACUUCUUAUCAGGUAGGUAUAUUGGGAAAUGCUGCUGACUUUAAUGAGGCUGAUACUGUGGAUGGCACAUCAUAUGACAAUAUGGAUAGGAGGAGAAUGAUGAUUGCAUUUGACAUGAGAUGUGUUGGAUUCAUCAUGGCAAAAAUGGUUUUGAGGGAACUCAUGGACCCAACGACAUUUGCCAAGUUCAAAGCAUUCCUCACCAAGGGAAAUGAUUCCUCCUGUUUGCGAGAGUUUCUUCUGCAUGAUGUAAAAAGAAAUUCUUCAGCUGGAAAUUUUGGUAUACAAAUACUUGAUAGAAACUGGGGUGCAGGUUGGCAUUUGCUCUCAUUACUCCUUGCACCUAAACCUUUGGACAGGAUAAGUUGCUUAAAUGCUCUGAGGCAUCCCUUCUUGUGUGGACCAAAAUGGCGUGUAAACCCAUCUAUUGAGGUAAUCAGAUGGAGUCUUGGCUCAACUACUGUUCGAAUUGCAGAGGAGUACAUUUAUGGGCAGCAGCAGCGGAGUAGGCUUGCUCAUUUCAUUGAAUUAAUGGAGAUGCUAAAUCCUUAUCCAAAACCAAAGCAUUGGCUGGGAUCGUUUCCUGGAAAGUGGCGUCUGUUAUACUGUACUGGUAGACAUAUAGGAUUGACCCUUAGACAGCCUUCUGUUAGAGUACUCAUUGGGGAAGUGUACCUAACAAUAUCUAAAGCAUCAACACCUAAAACAACAUUUUCAGCUGCCUCACAUAUAAGCUUCACUGUUAUGGCUGGUGGGGAUUGGCCUCAUGACAAGUCUGGUGUAGGUGGAAAGUUGCAAGUGAAUACCUAUUUCAGAUUGAGAGCUGGGAGACGGUUAUAUCUUAAGGAAGAAACUGACACCUCGAAGUUUCCCUCUGCUACACCAGAUGCUCAAGCUUCUGCAGUGAAAAGGUUAUCUAGUAAAAAGUGGAGGAAAGCCAUCCCCGUAAAUGAAUUUCCUUCAAGCCUUUCUGUAGCUAAACUUGUGUCCACUGAAACUGAGGUAACAAUGAGUCUGGAUAAACCACUGAGUGGUAACAUUGAAGUGGCACAGAAAGCACUUCAAGAGGUACGCACUCAAAUACCUCCAGAAAUGUUUGAUCUGUCAAAAAUCGUUUGUGGAACAUAUUUGGAUUCAAGAUUGCUUGUCCUGCGAAGUGUAAAUGGAUCUGCACUCGUUUUAACAAGAUGUACAAAUGAUAGUUGAUUGUAGUUAAAAAAAAAACUUUGUUGAUUCACUUUUUGUAAAUAGAAUCAUAUUUUUAUCUUUCCGUAUUUGGUCAGAGGGAGCAAAAGAUUGGUAGAAGAAUAGAAAGCUUAAUUCGUGUAUUUAAGGUCACAGAGAUUCUUUUUUA